CUCCUUCUCUAUCAUCCUCUUAUCUUUAAACUUCUGUCUUCUCUCUUUCCCUUUUGGUUAUGAGCUCUCCUCACAAUCUCUCUUUAGCCUUUGGUUCCCUUCUUUCGUUUUUAUUGUGAUUCUCCCACCAUUUUUGUUCUUUUGAGUUUUAAAGAUCCAUCAAACUUUAUUAAAGAAAGCAGAACAAAGAGAUAAAAGGGAAGAAGAACAAUGGUUUUCUCAUCCGUCUCAAGCUUUUUAGAUCCACCAAUUAAUUGGCCACAGUCUGCGAAUUCGAAUAAUCAUCCUAAUCAUCCUCACCAGCUCCAUCUACAAGAAACUGGAAAUUUAGUUAGUGGCCAUCAACACUCUCACCAGUUCCCACCAAACCCUAACCCUAACCACAACCAUGCUGACACCACAGCGGCCGCCACAGGUGAUCCUGCCGGCCUCAGCGGAUCAGCUAGUGAGAGAGCGAGGCUAGCUAAGAACUCUCAUCCGCCUGAGGGACCCCUAAACUGCCCUCGAUGUAACUCAGCCAACACCAAGUUCUGUUACUUCAACAACUACAACCUCACACAGCCACGCCACUUCUGCAAGGCUUGCCGCCGCUACUGGACACACGGCGGCGCUUUGAGGAACGUCCCUGUUGGUGGUGGCUGCCGGAGAAACAAGAAGGCUAAAACCGGAAAUUCAAAGUCCGCCUCCUCGCAGACCAAGCAGUCAGCGUCUAUGGUCAACGCUCCAAGUCCUACAAAUAUCCAGUUACAAACAAAUAGCCAAUUACCGUUUUUGCCCACUCUACAGAAUCUUACUCAACUCGGUGGUAUUGGUUUGAACUUAGCCGCUAUUAAUGGAAAUAGUGUUGGAAACAGUAACACUAGUUCAAGUUUCUUUAAUGAUUUAGGGUUUUACCAUGGAGCUAAUACUUCAGGUUCGGUCAUGGCUAACAACAACAAUGAGAAUAACAUUAUGACUUCUCUGGGAUCAGCUAGCCACUUUGCUAUGUUAGAUCGAUCAAUGGGAUUAUACUCUUUCCCUAAUGAGGGCAACAUGGUAUUAUCUUCUUCCACAGCUUCUAGGGUUUCUCAAACUGCUCCGGUGAAAAGGGAAGAAACCCAUGUGGGUAGUAUAAGCCGGCCGGUUUCGGGUUUGACAUCUGCGGGCAAUCAAUCCAACCAAUACUGGCCCGGUUUAAGUCUCCCUGGUUCUUCUUCUAACGAUCAGCAGCAGCACCUUAUGUGAAUGUUUCAUAGCAGUUGGAUCAUUCAUGAACAUCGUCAAUUCAUGGAGAAACUAAGAGGUAUAUUAGAAUGGGUUUCUUAUACAGAUUAUGGUCGUUGUAUGAUUAUACAAUCAGGUGUGACAACGAAGUAAUCGUACUGUGUGAUUAGAACUUGUUAGAUGUGUGAGUGUCUGUCGAGUUUGUGCUUGUUUAAUUCGUAAUCUUCACUCAAAGUUUAUGAAAUACUGUAAUAACUAACAGAUCAGUAUGUUAUAUUUUACCAUUUGUUUUAAUGUUGAACUAUAACUUUUUGGCUA